AUGAAUCUCUCCGCAUUGCUAUACUUUGUCCAUGCUCUAUGGGCAGCGCCGGGUUUUGUCCUUUCUCGGGGUAUGGGCUCACACGAUACAUCCCAGUUCAAAGUACAUUCCUUGCCGGGAGUUACGGACUUGCCGUCUAGCUGGGCAGGUCGACUUCCGGUUCCGGGGGUACAGAACGGGAAUGAGAUAUUCUUCUGGUUGUUCGAAGCGGAGCAGCGGGAGUAUGAUGACGACCUGAUCAUUUGGUUCAAUGGUGGCCCUGGCUGCUCAUCUUUGAUAGGUCUCACAACCGGCAAUGGACCCAUCACCUUCGAUGGAAACUCGACUCGGUUCACUCGCAAUCCCCACUCAUGGACCAAGUUGGGAAACGUGCUUUACGUUGAUCAACCCGUCGGCACUGGUUUCUCCACUGCCAGCUUCCCCUACCCAGUGAAGGACAAUAUCCGGGUGACGAGCGACUUUACGCAAUGGCUGCGCGGGUUCUUUGAUUACUUCCCACAUCUGCAGUCGAAGCGGAUUCAUCUCAUGGGCGAGUCGUAUGCAGGUAUCUACAUACCGUACUUUGCAAAUGAGCUUCUCGAAGACAACCAUUCACCACCGCUCAACAUACGCUCAAUGUCUCUCGGUGACGGCUCUUGGGGAAACGCAGCGGCCAUGGCAUCCGUUGCCAUGGGCAAAUACCUCAGGUCACAGCGGGACUUGCUCCAAAUUCCAGAAGACGUAUUAUCUGUCUUCGACGAAGCAGACGUAGUAUGUGGAUUCAACCGCGUGCUAGCACAAUCCGGCAUCUAUCCUCCUCAGGGUAAAAUUCCCAUUCCCGGAAACCCAGAGUACUUCAACCUCCGACGUCGAGACGAAGAAUCCUUCAGUCUCCAGCGCCGGGGCCUUACAGAUGCUGUCAACGGCACAUGCAACAUCUCUCCGAGGACAGCCGCAGAGGUCCGCACCUCAAUAUUCAACUCAACAUGCUACGGCCCCUGUGCCGUCUUCUCCACAGCAAGCGACUACAUGACAACCAUGUCCGCCAACAGCACAACCCGCGGCUGCUUCGACAUGUACGACAUUUCCCAAGACUGCAGCGCUGUCUCGGAGCAGCCACUCUUGGCAGAGUAUUUCAGCCGCGCGGACGUCCAGGCUGCGCUGCAUGUCCCCAACAGUGGAAGCUACAGUGCCUGCAACCCCGCCAUCUUGGGCACGCUCCUUUCAGUGCCUUCUCCCGAGCCACCGGAGUACUCCAUCCUCCCGUCUCUGGUCACCAAGCACAAUGUCUCACUUCACAUCUACCAGGGCGAGUGGGAUAUGCUGAUCAACCACUUCGGCGUGGAGCUAUCGUUGCAGAACAUGACGUGGCGCGGUGCGCAGGGCUUGUCGCAGAAGCCGAGCCAGUGGUUUUUCGCUAAUGAUGCUGCGCCAUCGGUGACAAAGAAGGUGGAGUCCAGGCCUAAGCCAGCGGCUACUACCCUCCAGACUGUCAUUUCGACUGCUCCUGCUGAUGUUGCUAUUGCGGGCACGUGGGCUAUGGAGCGCGGUGUGUCGUAUCACUUCUUCCGUAGUGCUGGUCAUAGCGUGUUUGUAAAUAAGCCGCGGGAGAUGUUUGCUUACGUCCGCGAUGUGGUGGUUGCUCCUUGA